GAGGCCCAGGCGACGGCGCACCCGGCGCACCGUCCCGCUCGGCCUCGCCGCGGCACUUCACGGCGGAGCGCUGGGCGCCCUCGGCCCGGGAGAAGCGGAAGUACGCGUCCCUCUUCAAGCGGACCGACUGGGACCAGGACGGCUUCGUGCAGGGCGCCGAGGCCCAGACGCUGCUGGAGAGGUCCCGGCUGCCGCCUCAGGCCUUGGCGAAGUGCUGGGAGCUGGCGGACCAGGACCGGGACGGCCGAUUGACCUUCUCCGAGUUCCUGUGCCUCGUCCACCUGGUCACCUGCCUGUUGCGCGGGGCGCCGGUGGCGGAGCUGGAGCGACCUGGGGGCCUCCCGGCGCCGCUGCAGGCGGCGCUCGCGCGGCUGGAGCCCUUGGAGCAGCUGGCGCGGGAGCGCGAGGAGAGCCGCUCCCGCAGCGCUUCCCCGGCGCCCACGGCCAUCGGUUUGGAUGCUUUGGGCGCGGAUGGCGGCCACGGUCGCAGCUUGCCCCAGGUGAGCCUCACGCCGGAGCCGGAGCCCCGAAACUUGGACGACGGCGGCUUCGGAGGCCUCGCGGACCUCGGGAAUGAUGCCGCGGCCUCGAAGUUCGAAGACUUUGGGCAGUUCGAGACGGAAGGCUUUGGGGAAUUUCCGGAGAAGGAGAAGAAGGAGAAGAAGAAGAAGAAGAAGGACAAGGCCAAGGACAAGCUGGACUUCGACACAGAUGUGCAGGCGGAUUUCCCGGGCGGCGACUGGCGCGAGCCGAGCGCGGAGAAGGAUUUGGACCCCUUCAGCACCGCCGCAGACUUCCCUGCGACGGCGAAGGCGGACUUCGGCGACUUCGGCGGCAUGGACUUUGGAG